AUGAAAGGACUUCGAAGGGUCAUUAUACAAUGCUCUAUUCCACGGGUGGUGACGAGGAGAGCAUACUCCAGCGAAGCGCCAUUGAUCAAAGUGCUCGAUGUACAGGCGCCAAAUAGCGGAAGGAUGCGGAUCUUGAGCUUAGCUCGACCUGCAGCACGCAAUGCAAUCUCCCGUGCCCUCCUGCACGAACUACGGACCAACAUCGACAAAAUAGCCUCAGAAUACGACACCGAAAAUAACGAGGUCCCACCACAGAAGAUCUUCGGAGGUGCUGCUGAGGUAGAUGAGAGGGGACCUACAAGAGCACUCGUGCUAGCCUCAGAAGUCGAUUCCUGUUUCUGUGCGGGCGCAGAUUUGAAGGAGAGGGCUGGGUUCUCUCCGGAAGAAACGGCAGCUUUCCUAGCCAACCUCCGCAAUACCUUCUCGAGCCUAGCUGCCCUACCAAUUCCUACCAUUAGCGCCAUCUCCUCCCUUGCUCUAGGCGGAGGUCUCGAGUUAGCAUUAUGUACACAUAUGCGUGUCUUCGCAUCCACAGCCACAGUAGGCCUCCCCGAAACUAGACUAGGUAUCCUACCCGGCGCAGGAGGUACCUACCGACUCCCUGCCCUGAUCGGCCUUGGACGAGCUCGAGACUUGGUCUUGACCGGCAGGAGAGUCAGUGCCGCAGAAGCGUACUUCCUCGGUAUCGCGGACCGGCUUGUGGAAGUUCUACCCAAAGAGGGAGAGGAGGGGAAAGAGGAGCUGAUGACGAGAGCGAGGGAGGAGGUGUUGAGGGAGGCGAUUAGGUUGGCGGGGGAAAUUUGUGAGGGUGGGCCGAUUGCGAUAAGGAGUGCGUUGCAGGCGGUUAAUUAUGCGAGGGAGGAGGUGGAGAAUAAGAUGUAUGAGAGAGUCGUUGCUACGGAGGAUAGGAAUGAGGCGUUGGUGGCAUUUAGGGAGAAGAGGAGGCCGGUGUUUAAGGGGAGGUGA